AUGGCGGGCGAGGACCACCAGUGGCAGGGCAGCAUCCUCUACAACAUGCUCAUGAGCGCUAAGCAAACACUAGCCGCUCCGGAAGCGCCCGAGGCGCGCCCGGGGGGGCCCUGCUGGGGCUGCUCCUGCGGCUCGGAGCCCCCGGUGGGCAGAGAGGGGCUGCCGGGGGGGCGUGCAGUGGCGCUCCUGUACCGCUGCUGCUUUUGCGGUGAAGACCACCCGCGGCAGGGCAGCAUCCUCUACAACAUGCUCACAAGCGCUAAGCGAAUGCAGGCGCCCCGAGAGGCGCCCGAGACGCGAGUGGGGGGCUCGUGCUGGGGCUGCUCGUGCGGCUCGGAGCCCGGAGUGGGCAGAGAGCUGGGCACAGAGGUGGGCGGCCGGGCCAUGGCGUUCCUGUACCGCUGCUGCUUUUGCGGCGAAGACCACCCGCGCCAGGGCAGCAUCCUCUACAGCUUGCUCACCAGCGCCAAGCAAACGCACGUGGCUCCGGAAGCACCCGAGGCGCGGCUGGGGGGCUCGUGGUGGGGCCGCUCCCACUGCGCGCAGAGGCGGGGGUGCGGAGAGGAGCAGCUGGGCGCACGGGUCGUGGCGCCCCCGUACCGCUGCAGCUUUUGUGAUGACGACCACCCGCAGCGGGGCGGCAUCCUCCACCACCUGCCCGGGAGCGCAAAGCAAACGCGCGCAGCUCCGGAGGUGCCAUCGGGGGCCCCCUGGCUGGACUCCCCGUGCGGCGCGGAGCGCCGGGUGACCCUCAAGAGUCCACAGGUGGUCUGCGAGGCAGCUUCUGCGGGCCUGCUCAAGACGCUGCGCUUCGUCAAGUACUUGCCCUGCUUCCAAGUGCUGCCCCUCGACCAGCAACUGGUGCUGGUGCGCGGCUGCUGGGCGCCGCUGCUCAUGCUGGAGCUAGCUCAGGACCGCUUGAACUUUGAGACGGUGGAGACCUCGGAGCCCAGCCUGCUGCAGAGGAUCCUCACCACCAGGCGGCAGGAGACGGCGGGAGAGGAGCCGCCGCCCCUAUGCACGCGGCCGCAACACUCGGUACCUCCACCAGAGGCUGGCCGUUUGCCGUCGGCGGCCGAGGUCCAAGCCAUCCGAGGCUUCCUUGCCAAGUGCUGGAGUCUGGACAUCAGUACCAAGGAGUACGCCUACCUCAAGGGGACCGUGCUCUUUAACCCGGACCUGCCAGGCCUGCAGUGCGUGAAGUACAUUCAGGGACUUCAGUGGGGAACGCAGCAGAUACUCAGUGAGCACAUCAGGAUGACAUACAGGGGCAGCCAGACCAGAUUCGCCCAGCUGAACAGUGCCCUUUUCCUGCUGCGAUUCAUCAAUGCCAAUGUCAUUGCCGAACUGUUCUUCAGGCCCAUCAUUGGCACGGUCAGCAUGGAUGAUAUGAUUCUGGAAAUGCUCUGUGCAAAGCUAUAAAGGUGCCUCACAGGUACCGUUCAUCAUGAACGAAAGACAAGGCACA